ACUUCCAGCUACCCCCACACUCCACCUCACACCAACCCCCCCCAUGGUUCUCAACAUGCCCCCCAGCCACCCUACCCCUUGGCCCAGCCCCCUGUCGCCUCCUUGCCCCUUUCCUCCACCUCAGGGGGUCCGGGUGGGACACACCCCAACCAACAGAACCAAAAUGUGAUGGGGAAUGGUCAUCUGAUGCCUCACCCCCUCAUACAGCCCCCCGUCCUGCCUCUGACCAAUGGGCAGUUGGUGCCGCCGCUUCUGUCUACUCUAGUAGCCUAUCAAGAUGAUCCUAGAGGGCCCAACGGGCUGCAGAUGCUGAGGACUGUGGGAAUGGGGAAGUACGAGUUCACAGACCCAGGACAUCCUAAAGAGAUGUUGAAGGAGUUGAACCAACAGCGCAGAGCGAAAGAGUUUACAGACCUGAAAAUAAUUGUUGAAGGCAAAGAGUUUGAAGUCCACCAAAAUGUUCUAGCUUCCUGCAGCCUUUAUUUCAAGGAUCUGGUGAAAAGGUCGUCAGGGGAGACGAGGAGCGGGGAGAUGCUAGAGCUGCGGAUGAAUGACAUUGGAGCUGAUGUGUUGGAGCUGCUGCUGGAGUUUGUCUACACAGGUUCUCUGGUCAUAGACUCCGCUAACGCCAGGACACUGCUAGAAGCUGCCAACAAGUUCCAAUUCAACACCUUCUGCAAAGUCUGUGUGUCCUUCCUAGAGAAACAGCUAACAGUGGGGAACUGUCUAGGUGUGCUGGCCAUGGCUGAAGCUAUGCGAUGUACAGAGCUCCACAACAUGGCCAAAGCUUUCGCACUGCAGAACUUCCCUGAGGUAGCGGGGCAGGAGGAGAUUCUGUGUGUGUCUAAGGAGGACCUAGUGGCCUACCUGUCUAAUGACAGCCUCACCACCAAGGCUGAGGAACUGGUCUACGAGACCGCCAUCAAGUGGAUCAAACAAGACCCCACCGCCAGAGUUCAGCAUGUGUCAGAGUUGUUAGCGGUGGUUCGUCUUCCCUUCAUUCACCCGUCUUACCUGCUGAACGUUGUGGAUAACGAGGACUUAAUAAAGACGUCGGAGGCGUGUCGAGACCUAGUCAACGAAGCCAAGAGGUAUCACAUGUUACCUCACGCCAGACAGGAGAUGCAGACUCCUAGGACACGACCACGGCUCUCUGCAGGUGUGGCAGAGGUGAUAGUGUUAAUCGGUGGUCGUCAGGCCAUCAGUAUGAACCAGCGCUCUCUGACGGCGGUGACAUGUUUUAACCCUCAGAACAGUAAGUGGUUCCCAUUGGCCAGCCUGCCCUUCUACGACAGAGAGUUCUUCAGCGUCAUCUCAGCUGGGGACAACAUCUACUUGUCAGGUGGGACAGAGUCGGGGGUGAUGGUAGCUGACGUGUGGUGCUACAUGUCUCUAUUGGACAACUGGAAUCUGAUGUCCCGUAUGACUGUGCCUCGCUGCAGACACAACAGUCUGGUCUACGAUGGGAAACUCUAUACCAUCGGAGGUCUGGGUGUGUCAGGAAACCUGGACCAUGUAGAGAGGUACGACACCAUAACCAACCAGUGGGCGAUGGUGUCUCCGCUCCCCAAGCCGGUGCACUCUGCAGCAGCCACAGUGUGUGGGGGGAAGGUGUAUGUGUUUGGAGGGGUGAACGAGGCGGGACGAUCUGCAGGAGUACUACAGUCAUACGUCCCUCAGACCAACUCCUGGAGCUUCAUAGAGUCACCCAUGAUAGAUAAUAAAUACGCCCCGGCAGUCACUCUGAACGGACACAUGUUUAUUCUGGGAGGAGCGUACGCCCGCGCCACCACCAUCUAUGACCCGGACAAGGGAAACAUCAAAGCCGGACCUAACAUGAACCACUCACGACAGUUCUGUAGUGCGGUGAUCCUGGAUGGUAAGAUCUAUGCGACGGGGGGCAUCGUGAGCAGCGAGGGUCCUGCACUGGGUAACAUGGAGACCUUUGACCCUCUCACUAACAACUGGACGCUCCUCCAGUCGCUGCCCUGCCCUCUCUUCAGACAUGGCUGUGUCGUCAUCAAGAAGUACAUCCAGAGUGGCUGAGACCGGUUUCUAUUUGUCUCAGGGGGAUGAAUGAGUUUCCAGAAAGCUAGCCAAUGUGGCAGUUUGUCUCUCUCUACCCAGACCACGGCACUCAUAGAACAGCAAAGUUCAUUUAGUGAAACAUAGAUUUGACAAUUAUUGUUUCUUCUCUCUGCUGUGGACCUGGGUUGUUUAGAGAAAAAAAGUGCCACGUUAGCUAUGAAGCUUUUGGGAAACUCACCCCUGACCAGUCUGGUUGGGACAGGACACUGUGCAGCUUUUAGGGGUCAACCAGUCAGCACCGGACUAUCCAACUACAACACCCCCAGGACUUGAUGCCAGCAUUGUUGUCUUAACACCCCCCCCCCCCCCCCCCCCAAUGCAGAAUGUAGACAUCUUAUCUUGAACCACUCUGCCAUGUUAGGAACUGGUGCCUAAGCUAUUGUAUGUAUUCUAAAGUAUAGCUUAAAGGAAUUUGUCUGGAUUUUGGCUUUUAGGCUCUUUAUCUACAUCCCCAGAAUCAGAUGAGCUUGUGGAUACCAUGUUUCUGUGUCCAGUUUGAUAACUAGCGUUAGCACCUCACACUUCCUUCAUACACCACACAGAAUCCACAAACUCAUCUGACUCUGGAGAAGUAGAUAAAGGAUCUAAUUGCCAAAAUAUCCCCUCAUUAUAUUGGCACAGGGGUGCUCCUUGGUUUGUAGUUCCCAGCUUCUUGCUAACUAGUCUUUGGUUUGAUUUUUAAUUCUGUCCCUUCAAUUGAACUUGAAAGGCCCUUUGUGUUCCUGACUCAAGUAUAUUAAAAGCCAUCCCAUUC